AUGCCUGUGAGACCAGACUUACAACAGCUGGAGAAGUGUAUUGAUGAUGCCUUGAGAAAAAAUGACUUCAAACCUUUGAUGUUACUUGUACAAAUUGAUAUUUAUGAAAAUGUGAAGAUUAAAUGCAGCAAACAAUUCCUCCGCAAGUUGGAUGACUUAAUAUGCAGGGAACUUAACAAAAAGAAUAUUCCAACUGUUUCAAACAUCUUGGUAUCUGUUGGGAGAUGCAGCAAGAAUAUCUUUAUAUUGGGACAAGCUGGACUUCUAACCAUGAUAAAGCAAGGAUUAGUACAAAAGAUGGUUUCCUGGUUUGAAAAGUCCAAGGAGGUUAUUCUGAGCCAAGGACAAUCAAAAGAUGAAGCUGUUACGAAUAUGAUAGAAGACUUAUUUGAUCUUUUGAUGGUUGUAUAUGACAUCAACGAUGAAGGUAAAAACCAAGUAUUGGAAAGUUUCAUAGCUCGCAUCUGUGCCCUUGUUAUUGAUUCAAGAGUGAAUGUUUGCAUUCAGCAGGAGGCUUUAAAAAAAAUGAAUUUGAUGCUUGACAGAAUACCUCAAGAUGCCAACAAAAUACUUUCUAAUCAAGAAAUACUAACUCUCAUGAGUAACAUGGGAGAGAGGAUUUUGUAUGUAGGAGAUUAUGAAUUACAGGUAGGCAUUGUGGAAGCCUUGUGUAGAAUGACUACAGAAAAAAGGAGACGAGAACUGGCAUGUCAGUGGUUUUCAAUGGAUUUUAUUGCUAAUGCAUUUAAAGGAAUUAGAGACUGUGAAUUCGAAACAGAUUGCAGGAUAUUUCUCAACUUGGUAAAUGGCAUGCUUGGUGAUAAAAGAAGGGUCUUUACAUUUCCUUGCUUGUCAGCAUUUCUUGAUAAAUAUGAGCUGCAGAUCCCAUCAGAUGAAAAACUUGAGGAAUUUUGGAUUGAUUUUAAUCUUGGAAGCCAGACUUUGUCAUUCUACACUGCUGGAGAUGAUGAUGAUCAUCAAUGGGAAGCAGUCACUGUGCCUGAAGAAAAAGUUCAGAUGUACAACAUUGAAGUAAGAGAAUCAAAGAAGCUUCUGACUAUAACUCUGAAAAAUAUAGUAAGAAUUAGUAGAAAAGAAGGGAAGGAGUUACUUUUGUAUUUUGAUGCAUCAUUAGAAAUCACCAAUGUGACUAAAAAGAUUUUUGGUGGAAAUAAGUACAAGGAAUUUACCAGAAAACAAGGUGUUUCAGUUGCCAAAACAUCUAUUCAUAUACUUUUUGAUGCAAUUGGAUCACAGAUUCUAGUGCCAGAAAGUCAACCAUCUCCAGUCAAAGAAGACCUUGUUCAUCUAAAAGAGAAACCUAACCUUCAGAAGAGACUUGAAAAUCCAACAGAAGACAACAUCAGCAAGCAGGAAGACAGAACAAGCAGCCAGGAUGAGAUAACUACACCUUGCAGAAAGAAAAUGUCUGAAGCAUCAAUGAUAGUUCCCGAUGCAGAUAGAUACACAGUGAGAAGUCCAAUACUCUUAAUCAACACAUCAACACCCCAAAGAAGAAGUAGGGCACCACUGCAAGCAAUAACUUCUGCUGAAAAAGCUGAUGUUUCUAAAACAUCAGAAAGAGAAGUGGAUUGUGCUGUGUCACUCAAAUCUAGACAAUCUGAUGGAAGAAACAGAUGGAAUAUUAGAGACAAACAUGACAAAACUACUAAAGUUGUAGAAAACAAAGAAAAUGAAGACAAUGAAUCCCUAGACCAAAAUUUCAAUGAAAUUGAGGACAAUUUUUCUGAUGUAUGUGCAGUGAAAACAGAUGAGUCUGCAUUACCUGGUGUUAUGGACAUCUCUAAAAAUACAGCACACUCCAAAUGGGCAUGUUGGACACCUGUAACAACCAUCAAACUCUGCAAUAACCAGAGAGCCCGUACUUUACCAGGACACACUUUUAUCCAAGACACUGUCAACAAAAAAUGCACUAAACAAAAAUUACUUGAUGAUGAUUCUGAAGAAACACAUAGGGUAAAAUACAAGAAAGAUGUAUUCAAGUGUAACAAUUCAGAUGAAGCAGAAGUUUGUGAAAGAAACAAUCAAGAACAAAAUCAUUCUAAACAUUCACAAAAGAAAAAUUCUGAAAACACUAAGCAGAGUGAUUGGCAUAUUGAAUCUGAAACUUCUUAUAAAUCAGUACUCCUAAAUAAGAAAACGGAAGAAUCACUCAUCUAUAAGAAGACAUGUGUAUUGUCAAAAGAUGUGGAUGCUACUCUUUGUGAUAAAAGUCCUUCUAGAAAAAGCAUGAGGAGAAGUACAAAAUCAAGGAAAGAACUGACUUCUGAACUUAACUCAUGUGCACUAAAAGAAAUGCCAGUGAGAGAAAAGUCAAAAGGGAAAGGAUUUACUGAUGCAGCAGACUCCUUGAUAAGCCAAAUUAAUAAGAGGUACAACCCAAAUGAUGGCAUGAAGUCUACAAGAAAAUUAAAUGAAGCUCUGACUGGCAGUGAUUUGUCAAAGAAAUCUGACCUACAAUUCAAUAAGGUUCAGAGAAAAAGUUACAGAAAACUGAAGACGACUUUUGUUAAUGUUACUUCCAAAUGUCCACUGAAUGAUGUAUAUAAUUUCAGCUUGAAUGGCACUGAUGAACCUGUCAUAAAACUUGGCAUCCAAGAAUUUCAAGCUACAGCUAGAGAAGCCAGUAUGGAGAAAUCAGUAAAGUUGGUAGGUGUAAGGAAUCAUGAUGAACAUGACUCUCCUUUCAAAACAAAAAAUAAAAGAAUGUCAGCAAGUCAUGAGAAAACACUCUUUAGUGACACUGAAACAGAAUGUGGGUGUGAUGACAGCAAGACUGACAUUAGCUGGCUAAGAGAACCAAAAUCAAAAAGACUAAUGGAUUACAGUAGAAAUAAAAAUGCGAAGAAAUACAAAAGUAGAAAAUCAAGGUCAUCCUUGGAAAGAGGGCAGCCAAGAUCCAUAAUGGCACGCAAUAAAAACAUUACCAAAAAGGAUGAUGAAAUAGUUGUAGAUCAGAGAACCAGACUUCCACGAAGGGCAACAAAAACAAAAAAAAAUUAUAAAGAUCUCUCAACUUCAGAAUCAGAGAGUGAAAAAGAAUUUUCAUAUAUACUUAAAGAUAAACUGCUGACAAAGGAGGAGACUGUCAAUUCCAGAGCCCAGACCAAGAAACUGCCAAAGGAACCACAGGAAGUUGUCACUACAGAAACGGCAAAAGAAAAACAGAAAAUUUCAUCUGAGCUAAGAGAUGGGAGAGAAGACAGUUUUUGCCUAUCUUCUGCAUCUGUGUCUGGGAGCCCAUCUUCUAUAGAAGUGACAAGAUGUAUAGAGAAAAUAACAGAAAGGGAUCUUACUGAAGAUUAUGACUACAUCACAAAAUCUUUUUCAUCUUAUCCAAAAACUGCAUCAUCUGAAUCCUUAAAUGGUAAUAAAGUUGAAAGUCAGGGAAAAUCGCCCAGAACCAGUGAGACCAGUACACUAUGUGUGAGAAAGAGUAGCUCACCUGUUCCAGGACUGCCUUCUUUGGAAAGCCUUGCUGCAUCUCCAUUAUCAUGUUCUAGUGAAAGAAUAGAGAAAAUUUGGUGGGAUAUGCCCAGUGACAAUACUCAUGUAUCAGGUCCUAGUCAACGAUGUCGCAAACGGCAAAUGUUCCUAGAAGAUGAUAUAAGUAAUUCCAAUGAAGCAGAAGUGGAAGAGGCAGAAGAGAGAGAACAAUUACUUUCCAAAAGACUGUGUCAAAGGGAAGAUUCAGAUCAUCACAUUUACAAAACUUCAUUAUCGACACCAGAUUUUUCUAUUCCUGAGGACUGGCAACAGGAGUUUCCAGGUGCUGAAAUGUUAUAUGAUAACAUCAGCUCAGACUAUAAGAGGAAAACUGAUACCCAACAUAGAAUCAUGGAUGACUUUACUACAAAGACAUUAAAAUUGACUCAACAACAUCUAAUGACAGUGACCUCUCAAGCUCGAGGACGCAGGAAUGAAAGUUUUGAGAAAUUCAAAGUCAUUCUCAUAAAUGAGAUGGAGAAAGUUGGAAAAGACUCAGAGACGUUACGAGACUUGGAGAAGGAACUUGUGGAUGUCGAGGAAAAAUUAGUUCAGAAGAUGAAGACAUAUCUCCGAAGUGAGAAGGAGAGGCUUCGUGUUUUGAAAACGUCACUAGAUAAUAGUUUUCUUGCCUCUAACUCUGUUUAUGAAGAUAAUACUUUUAUAUCUGAGAUGCGUUUGAUGAAAGCAAACAUGAAAAUUCUGCAAGAUAAGCUACUUAAGAAAAUGCAUGAAGAGGAACUUCUCAACAUACGCAGAGGACUGUGGUCGUUUUUCAAGGUUCAUGAAGGAAAUGAUGUAUGAAAUCUGGCUGCUAUCAACACAUUUUAUCUGAUUAUUAGUUUUUGUAUAUAAGUGGAAAAAAGUAAGUAGCCUUGCAAAUGUGCACCAUCCAAGCAGCUGUAUGUUUAUGGGCAAGAACCUUCAGACUAAAACAUUUUUUAGAGAUGAAAAGAACGUGACUCCAGUGCAACUUGUGUGUACUAUGGACAAACAGUGAAAGGACUGGCUCACUUUGGGUCAUAUUUACAUUACUUUUAUCUGUGAAACUAAAGUGUA